AUGCGUGCGGGGCUUCGACGACUCCGACGUGGAGAGUCAGGAAUUGGAGCUGAAGUUGGAGAAGCUCGGGCUGGUUCCGCCGAGAAAGCAUGGCGUCUUCGAUGCUGCGGGGUUUGCUUUGCCCUUGCCGUGGCAGCGCCGCAUCUUACAGGACUGCUACAUAUGCGAGUGCUCAAUCUGCUGUCCUGA